AUGAAGCUGUCUGCUAUUACACUUCUGGCUCUAAGCUCAGGUGCUGUCUCUGCUCCAGUUGCCGAGCCUGGUAGGGAGGUCUACUACCCUGAGUACAAGCCCGUCAAGGGCUGGGGAGAACAUGGCGGGCCUGGAAGGCCCAAGCCAUAUGAUCCCGACUAUGGUGUAGGGAAGGCGAAGCCUCACAAACCAGAACCUUGGCAUCCUAAGCCCCAGCCUCACUACCCGCUAAAGCCUCACCAUACUCCUCCCAAGCCCCACAAGCCUGAUCACCCUGGAAAGCCCAACCACCCCGACAAGCCUGACUAUCCUCAACCUGGAAAACCAGAUGGUCCCGGUAAGCCAACUGGACCAGGCAAGCCUGAUAAGCAUUCUACUUAG